AUGCCAAUAGAUCUUGGUUCAGGGCCGUGGAAUGCAAUCACCCAACUGGUAGAUUAUCCUGAGCAAAACAUUACAUUCUUCCCAUCCCUUACGCAAACGAGCUUGUUCGUACAAGCGAGUGCUUGCGAUACGCAGAAAUCUGCUUGUGAGCCUCAUCAAUCAGGCAUGUGGACACAGAGCGGUGCACAUUCGCUCUUCAACUGGGUCAACAUAUCCAUACCUGAUGCUUCAAAUUGGGACGCUGCGGCAGGCCCUCUCAUGCUCAAGGGUUCUGCAGUGCUGACCACUAAUCGAAUUGUCUUGUGGUCAGCGGAUCGUACACUUGGGCCAGACUAUCUUGAUGGCGUGGCUAUCACCAUAGCUUCCAAUUAUACCGUCACAGAUUCGGAGCCCGAUACGUCCUACACACUGGAAGUUGGCAUGUUAUCACUGGAUACCCGAUCGAGUCCCGUCAGUUGGACUACCGGCAAUGGUUCAGAUGUUUCGUACGAUCGAUUUCUGCAUCGUGCUUACCAGACUGGAAACAUUCCAUCGGUCUCUUUCGGCUUACAUGUAGGCUCUGUCUGGCCUUCAAUCCCCGGAAGUCUUGUCAUAGGUGGCUACGAUAGAUCUCGGUGCAUCAGCACACCAAUCGUUUCGGACACGAACGACUUCUCGCUUGCCGAGUUGAGCUUAGAAGUUGCCUCUGGAGGCUGGUCUUUUCUGAACACUUCUAGAAAUGACCCCGAACACCUCUUGCGCGUUGAUGAAGCUAACAGCAGCAACAACUCCCUGCCGGUGUUGCCCAAUCCUGGUGUACCAUACAUAUACCUUCCGGGAGACACAUGCUCAACAAUAGCUUCAUUCCUGCCGGUGGACUAUGAUGAGACCCUUGGACACUAUAUCUGGAACACGACACACCCAUCAUUUGAAGACAUUGUAUCGUCGCCAUCAGCUCUCAAGUUUUCCUUUAACACAAAUUCAGGUAUCGAGAACAUUUCAGUGCCUUUUGCACUGCUGAAUCUAACGCUUGAAUACCCUAUCAGCAGCACAGCAACGCAGUACUUUCCUUGUGCCUCUUACACGCCGCCCGAUGGUUCGUCUUACCACCUUGGACGCGCUUUUCUACAAGCAGCAUUCCUAGGACAGCAAGGUCAGACAGAUAAGAAGUUCCUGGCUCAAGCGCCGGGGCCGGGCAUGAUGGCUCAGGCUAUCACGAAGCUUGCUUCUACAGACACCACGUUGACGGCUAUGGCUAACCCGCCAUUAUGGAACGCGACGUGGACUGGUCAAUUGAAAGCAAUUCCGGGAAACGUCGGAACAAGCAAUGCGAAGCCAGAGAAAUCCAAGAGAUUGAAUGGGGGUGCGAUCGCUGGCAUCGUAGUGGGAGCGGUGGCUGGUCUAGUACUGUGCGCAAUUGCAGCUUUGGUCUUCCGUCGCCGACGUAAGCAAAGCAAGGAGCAGACUGUACAAUGGGGUGGACAUCAGUACAGUGUGGAAAAAGACACUUUUUUAGGACGAGGCACAGGUACAGUCAGCGAAGUUGCAAGUGAGCCGAUUCAUGAAAUUGCGGCUUCUAAAGUGAUGCAAGAGAAUGACAGCAAGACAGAAACAGCAGAGAUGGAGGUACCGGCAUGUGUGGGAGAGUUGCAAGGAAGCGAUGUUUAUCGCAGAAAUCAGGUGUCGUCUUGA